UGCUAACCGUCUAACAUCAUGACGACCCGACUCAGACAUCGACCUCAGGCGGAAGACGAGGACGCGUCCGUUCUGAAGCUAGGGCCAGCAUUCAACAACGCGGGUUGUCUUCUCAUCUCCGAAGUCAAGUACCUCCUCGAGAAUCGCGACAAGGACGCGCCAGAUACCGCUGUCUACAACAAAACCCUCGAAUACGUCAAGACCUUUGCGAAAUUCAACACGACCGAAGCUGCGAGCGCCGUCCGAGAAACGCUCCGUCGAGAACCCCUCCUCACCCAGUUCGAAACCGCGCAGAUCGCGAACCUCUGCCCCGCAGACGCCGAAGAGGCCAAAAGCAUCAUCCCCAGCCUCGUCAAGAUCGACGACGACCGGCUCAACGCGCUCCUCGCCGAGAUCCAGACGAUGCGCCGCUUCCAGUCGUAGCCCCCGAGGUACCCGUGUUUUACUGUUCUCAUUGGUGUUGUCCUCCCUGCUGUAUUAUAGAGUCUUGUCCUUCUAUAAUCCUUGAAACUGGAAGCGGAUGCUUACUUCGGGG